UGGUGUGUGUCACGUGAGCGUCGAGCCAGAAGUUUGCGGAAAAACUGAACCCAAAAAAAAUGGCAGCACGAAGCCGAGUGCGAUUAAUGGCUUUUAUCGCCGUUUUAUUCGCCUUUUUCGCUACGGGAAGCCGCGCCGCUCAAGUGCCAGUUCUGCUGUGGUCCAGUGAGAGUUUACCACCACUGGCCUCACCUGCGGCUGGUCACAUCACGUCCAAUGACCAGCUGACCGCCUACCUCCACUCUGCCUUGGGCUCCGGCCCCCACACUGUGCUGCUGUUUCUGCAGGACAAGUUAAGCAAAGAUGACUUCACAGUCUUUGGUGGAGUGUUUGGAAACAAGCAGGAUAGUGCCUUUCAAAACCUUGAGGCCGCCCUGCAGUCUUCCUCAUCAGUGACGCUUCCUGGAUUAGAGUGGUCGGGCUCCUCUGCCGUCCCGGCUCUGCUACAAGAGAAGCUUGGUGUCUCGCCUCUGCUUGUAGAUGCGGACACUCUGUCACAUCUCAGCAUCAACACAUCUGUCAGCAAUCUACUGCUCAUCAAUCUUCCAUACUGUACAGACUUGCACAAGUCUUGCAAGGAAGUCCUACGUGACAAUGAUGAGAUUAUUGGGAAAGUUCUGAGUAUCAUGAAAGCCAAAAAUGUCCCAUACACUGCGAUGUACACAGGACUGCAGCCGUCACGAGUGAUUUCAGAGACAUCUAUGUCUAACCAGCCUGCGGGGCGGUCCUUGCUCCAAGCAGUUGUACCCGAUGUCAAACCACCCAUCAUGUAUAAUGGAACCGGUGGCCCUUGCAUAAUGCUUUGGGCUCAGAAUCUCAACGUCAGCCUCUCAAGGACUUCAGAGUGGAUUGACCUUGCUGCACAAACACCUUCCCUGUCAGGAUCCGUUUGUAAUGCCACUAACUCACGGCUUGUCCUCAAUUAUGAAUCAGGCUUUAUACUAAGUUUUUUCAUGAGCCAACGGUUCUAUCCUGUGUCUGCACGGAACUGGUCCACCCUGGACUCCGUUCAGCUGCAGUCUAGCAGUCUAACUGAAUCUUUCAUUGGGAGCCGGAGCAUUUACGCCCCUGCAGAGUACUCCUUCCACUGCCAGUCCGUCAGCAGCUUCCAAGACACUCUGCUAGUGCCAAACAACACCACCUCGCAGUGGAGGCUCAAUUUUGUCGACUUCCAGAUUCAGGGCUUCGGUUUGGCCAACGGAACAGAUUUUUCCAACGCCAGCGACUGUGCAGGCUUCUUCACCCCGGGGAUUUGGAUGGGGCUGCUGACCUCACUGCUUAUGCUGUACAUCUUUGUGUACGGUCUGCACAUGAUCAUGCGGCUAAACACCAUGGAUCGAUUCGACGACCCCAAAGGUCCGUCGAUUUCAGUGCCUCAGUCGGAUUGAAGCACUCCAAAACGCACACAUUCCUCAGUCCUUCAGUGCCUCCUAGUAGAUUGUGUCUCCCCCGUCCCCCCCCUUAUCAUGUAGCUUUUGUACGUUUGGGCCUUUUUUCUUUGAAGUUAUUUGUCCGGCAGAUUGACCCUCUCUCUGAUAUCCUCUCCUGUAGUUUUCUCUCUGGAGUCCUUCCACAGCUGUCUUUGGGAUACUGGUCCCUUCCAAGGCUCAUUUCAUUUCAUCUCUCCACAGCUACAAGUGCCAAAAUGGAUGCACCUUUUAUAUGAGCUGAGUGCAUGUGCUAAAAAGACGUUUUGGUGCCACUGUUGGCCAGACACAGUGGAUAUUUUCCCUUUAAUAAUUUGCAAUCCUUUCUUUAACCAGAGAAUGCCUUCUGUGCCAACAUGAAUGUGAUUGCUGGAUGCUGUAGGACCGUUUCAGACCUCAGUUCUUACUUUUUUCGUUUGUUUUUCCAACUGUAAUUUAAAGACUACUGGUUAUGAAAGAAGUGCCUGUAUAUAGAGACUAGAUUGCUUUGUGACUGUAUUCUGAAAUGGUUUGGAACUGUCUAACAAAAGUAUUGCUUAUACUUUACGUUGGACUUAGUUCUGUUCUCGCUCGUCACAGACAAAUCCCACACACAAGUGCCAUUCAAUGUGUAAAAAAAAAGAAAUGUAUCUGACAAGUAAUUUAUUUAUAUGAAAACAGUCUCCUCUACUAAACAUACCUUUAAAAGUUUACCUCUUGCUUCAGGUUCAUCAACAAAUUUAAAUGUCAGUGCCUCAGAUCUGCUUUGGUCAGACUUAUUGAUGUGCAAUCACCAUGACAUGUACAUUGCCUUUUAAUUGAAAAUAAAGUGAUCUAUAAAUUUG